GGAACCUAGAAAAGGCGUUGACCCGCUCUGUCACCUAGGAGGUGUGCAAAUUUCAACUUCCUACGACAUACCGUCUGCCCUGUGGGCGAGGUCAAUUGAACCCACUACACGAUGUGCGGACACACAAACUCACAGACGGAUUCUGUUUGAAUAGUAAGUUAGAUUAAUAUUUUUCGAAACCCAUGAAUAAGUUGCUUGUUCGAAACUAUCGUUUAGAUAAACGAUUCGAAGUGCCUCGAAUCAUUCGAGGCACUUUUUACAUAACAUCCAAUGCAGUAAAGUCACAAUUUCAAAUUCUCUAUCCGUCGUGAGUUGACAAAAAUGGCACGGUCCUAUCUCGUAGGAAAUUGUGGGAACAUGGCCAGCCUGGUGCAGAUUACUUCAAUUAAAACACUGCGGGGUGCGUAGUUCGGCCCACACUCGUCAGUUUCGUGCUCGCUCGCACCGGAAGCUCCCCAGUUCGCUCACGAUGCAGUUCGCUGUUCUGUUCUCGAUGGUGGCUGCGGCCUCGGCUGUCCAGUACCCUCCGCACGCCUCCUGCAAGGCCGACUGGACGUUCGGCGUGACCUGCGAGGAGGCGAAGCAGGCCAUCAUUGACCAGAUGAACGCCUGGACCGGCCCCGAGGGCUGUGCCGACGGCGGAGAAAAGUGCCUGUAUGAGGUGCUGUCGACCGACGGUAACGUUGUGACGGGCACCCACACGACCCCUACUGUCGGCUACGUGGACGACCUCGAGUUCACCUUCACCGACGGAGGCGACGGCACCUGCGCCAUGCACGGUUUCUCGACCUCGGAGACCUCCUACGCCUACCUGGACUCGAGCACCAACUACUGCAACAUGAAGAACCUCAUCACCGGCUCGGGUCUGGACCAGUCCGAGUCCUUCAGCGAGGUGACCAGCGACGACAUCUGCACCCAGUACUCGUCCGCCAACUGCGACGUCUACUAGGGCGGCCAAAGUACAAUGUCACUGUGUGAUUUCGGCUUUGUUUGUGGUACUCAGUGAUCGUUGUUGUUUUGUUGUUUUAAUAAAUGACAAUUUACUAGAA